UCAAAUUAAAGGGCAGGUCUGGGUUGGUCGCUCCUCACGGAGUCGGCAGAGGACAGCGAUGCGGACUGAGAGGAUGACGCACACGUUUAGCCAGGAUGGAUCUGAUGGAUCUGAUGGAAAGAUGUGGAGCAGGAGGACGCAGAGGAGGACCGCAUAUAAAUUAGAUCCAAACAGAGACGGAAAUAUAUCAUUUUACUGGUGGUUAUUUACACAUUUACGCACUGUUAGAGAUGUAGCAGCAGAAGAAAACGGAUUUUCUUAAUUUGGGGGACUAGAGCAGUAAACAAAACCAGCAACUUUCAAGGACUGCAUAUAUUAUUCACAUAAUGAGAGAAAAUAUCUGAACAUUUGCACGGAAAAUGUUUCAUCAUAGCAUUUGUAUGGAUUUUGGACACCUUUGCCCAGGCCACACCUCUCCACACCUUCGCCACAGAUGUACCAAUCCUCCUCUGUAAAUACUUCUUCCUGGAAUUUAUAAAACAUAUCAAUCGGAUCUUAACUGGAAACUCAUCAUCACCCUCCGACGCUCUCUGUUUAACUGGAGUAGAUGCGGAUUACUCUCUGAUCAGAUCAUUUCCCAGUCUCAUCAUCACACUGCCAAGAUGAAUUCAAAAGCAAAGGUUCUCAUUUUCCUGCUCUGUAUCACUGGCAUUGGUGUGUUUUUGAACGGACAUGUUUCAGGAUAUCUCCUCCAGUUUCAGGACAGAAAGCCCUGUGCUUGUGACACGUGUUUAGUAGAAGAUGAGUGGUUAUUGCAGCGUGCCAACAAAUCUGCUGAACCAUUUUUAUCAGCAAAACACAACCUCUCAGAGGACGCUUUCAACUGGUGGAAGCGCUUACAGGCUGAAAGGCGCAGCUACAGUUUCUACAAGCAAACAGUGGACAAGCUGUUUCAGACAUUCCCAUCCAGUCCAGAUUUUAUAGAACAAAGCCCUGACCGCUGCAGGACUUGUGCUGUGGUGGGGAAUUCUGGUAAUUUGAAUGGAUCACAUUAUGGACGUCUGAUAGAUUUCCAUGACGUCAUCAUAAGAAUGAACACUGGUCGUACCAAAGGCUAUGAAGCAGAUGUUGGGAGCAGAACAACUCAUCAUAUCAUGUAUCCAGAGAGUGCCAUGGACUUAGAUACCACCACCCAUCUUGUGCUGUUUCCAUUCAAGAUACAGGAUCUUGAGUGGCUAAUGAAGGCCACCACCACAGGAUUUUCUGGAACGUCGUAUAUGCCAGUAAAAUCAAAAAUCAAAGCUAACAAGGAUUUGGUGAUGGUGCUCAAUCCAGCGUUCAUGAGGUAUGUUCAUGACAUCUGGCUGGAAAAGAAGGGCAGGUAUCCAUCCACUGGCUUUAUGGUUUUGGUUCUUGCCCUGCAUAUUUGUGAUGAGGUCCACGUGUUCGGUUAUGGAGCAGACAAAGAUGGAAACUGGAGUCAUUACUGGGAAAAACUCCAAAACAAAAAGUUAAAAACUGGAGUACAUCCGGGAUCUCAUGAGUAUGGAAUUAUCCAGAAGCUAGCUGAGCAAAAAAAACUCAAGUUUUAUACCGGGUGGUGAUCUGUCUCCCAGCAUAUUCAAGCCUUGAUAGCAGAUCAUUUACAAAGCAAAACAAGACUAAGAAGCCUAGGCUUUAAAGCUCAAUAGACAACUCUGCUCUGACUGACUCCUUUGCUGCACACAUUAACCCUUUGUAGGCUAAAACUGUGAGUAGAGCCAUGAUCUAUGGAGAGGUGAAGUGAAGAACUGAAAACUGUUGAGGUUGUUUAAGAUACUCAAACUGCUAAACUAUUAAGUGAAAAUUAAUCACAUUGAAGGAGAUGAAGGGUAACAGCUGUUCUAAGCAAUUUUCUCUGUUGUUAUUGUUUAUUGUUUAUUUAUUGUAAUUUUGUGAUGUUGAUGGACACUGCUGCAAUGCAAUGUGCAACAUCAAUAGUCGAGCUUGUCAGAGAUGAAAAAGAGCUUGCUAUUGAAGUUCAUGGCAGCAUGUUACAAUGCAUUGACCAUCAAUUGUCUUAAUGUGAUGACAUUUCUACAUACCUAUUUUGUCUGGUAUAAGAUUGACCUAAUAACAUCUGUAACUCAAAACAUCUUUUCAGUGAGACCAUGUUAAAAAAAAGUCAUUUAAAAGCUUUGUAGAAGGCAAUAGUAGAAGUACAUGAAGUAUUUCCUCAGCAAACAGACACACCUAAUCUUUCAGUGUUUGCAUAUGAAAACCUCCUGGGCUUGUUUACCAGGCAGAUUUCACUUAAAAGGAGUAAUAGGUUAUUUUAAUAUCCUACUGACUUAUAGAUACACACUAUGUGGAGUGCUUCUGUAAUUUUGAUACACAGCAAUGUACCGUUAACUGAAGUAAACUAAAAAAUAUUUGCAUUCUUCCUCAAAUAAAACUGUAGUAGGGAAGUACUGAGCACUUUUGUAUUUCCUGUAUGUGUUACUUGUUGCUGUAUACAUUUUAAUGUUAAGCACACUGAAUUGACCUGCAAUUAAAUGAUUUGAACUUUGCCUCAAA